CAGCUGAUUAGCCGAUCGCGGUACCGUAAUCGUAAUAGUUACGCGCGUCACACGUAUACAUACACGCGUUCCGGGCGCUUAUUCAUAAAUGAACACCCGUCAGACUUUUAACAUAACGCGAUGAAAAAUUGAUGUAGCGACAUGCAUCAAACGAAUUUUUUGCGUUUCACAGCCUUGACGUUGUGCGCCAAUUCCAGUGUUGCACAUGAGACGCUAAUUUCCGGCAUGAUGAUUCAGACCUGCGCUCAAUUCGAAAUUUUGUCCUAUCGCACUCAUGCAUUGCCGACAUUGCUGACGGAAGCUGAAAAGAACAGUAAAUCGGACAAGGAUCUGAUGACACGCGAGAGAAUGCUCAUUCGUGAUUUGAUACAUCAUCAUCUUUACGUUUACAAAUUUGCGCACACCGUAAAUGCGGUCUUUAUGUUGAUGAUGUUCAUCCAAUUCUCCAUCAGUUCCCUCGUUCUCUGUAUGAUCGUCUACAAGCUAUCCACAAUGACGUCGUUAUUUACGCUCGAUUUUGCGUAUCUCUCUUCUUACCUGUGCGCCAUGCUCAUGCAGAUAUAUCUUUAUUGUUGGUAUGGCAACGAGGUUACAUUAAAGAGUAUCGACAUUGGUAAUGCUGUUUAUGAGAUGGAUUGGACCACGUUAAAGGUCCGAGUAAUGAAAGAUCUUUUGAUAAUAAUGAUGCGUGCCAGUAAACCUGUUAAAAUGUCGAGUGGUUAUGUGGUUACGUUAACCCUUGAAUCUUUUAUGAGCAUUCUCAAACUAUCCUAUUCGGCGUACAAUUUCUUGAAAGAUUCUUAGGUGAAGCAGAAGUGCCAGAUUUAACGUACUAGAUUUAACGUAAAUAGCUGA